AUGGCCCCCAAGAAAGUUAGAGCUCCUCAAGAGCAAGCUGCCGUCAACCUCGGUCCUAACGCCGCUGAGGGUGAGAACGUCUUCGGUGUCGCUCACAUCUUUGCUUCCUUCAACGACACUUUCGUCCACGUUACCGAUCUCUCUGGUAAAGAAACCAUCUCCAGAGUUACUGGUGGUAUGAAAGUCAAGGCUGAUCGAGAUGAAUCAUCUCCUUACGCCGCGAUGUUGGCUGCCCAAGACGUUGCCGCCAAAUGCAAGGAAGUCGGUAUCACCGCUCUCCACGUCAAACUCAGAGCUACCGGUGGUACCGGAACCAAGCAACCUGGUCCUGGUGGUCAAGCCGCUCUCAGAGCUCUCGCCCGAGCAGGUAUGAAGAUUGGUAGAAUCGAAGAUGUCACUCCUAUCCCAUCCGACUCCACUAGAAGAAAGGGUGGUAGAAGAGGUAGAAGACUCUAG